UGCCUCAGGGCUCUUUAGCCCUGAGGCAUGUUAAUCUUAGCCGUGACUAGACCCAAGACGAGAAGUAUGUUAAGAUUGAAAAAUAUAUUUUGAGAGUCUGGCCCCAAGCUUUUCUAUUCAUGCAUUUUAAUUUUAAAUUACAUUUAGAGCUUUUUAAACAAUAGAUUCUUUUUACAUUUAACCCCCGCCAUCUGCCUCGUUCUAGCCAGUCACUCACUUGUUCCAUUUUCCGGGCUCUGAUUGGCUUAACAUUUUAACUGACGGAUCGAUCGGCCAACGGGAGCGAAACAAGGAACGAUAUCUGAACUCUGAUUGGUUGUCAUUAAGGCGUAUGCUGUAACAGUCUUUGCCAUGAUAAGACCAGUGGAAAGUUCCAGUCGAUCUAUUCAUUGCCGUAAAGCGGAGGUGAACAGUGGUUGAAAACGAAAUACACUUUAACGGCUUAAAACUCUUCUUAAACCCACAUACGACAAUUAUUUGGACACUAUUUAUCAGCUUAACUGCAAGCACUUGAUUCUACAUCUCUCCAUUUUUGCUUCUUCUAUCUACACUUGUGACAUAUAAAAGUCAGCAUGUCUCAGCAGCAGAUCAGCCUCCCUGCCAAACUCAUUAAUGGCGGUAUUGCCGGCAUUGUUGGGGUUACAUGUGUCUUCCCCGUUGACUUGGCUAAGACCAGGUUACAGAACCAAAGAAGUGGGCAGCAAGUCUACAAGAGCAUGAUGGACUGCCUUGUCAAAACUAUUCGAUCAGAGGGAUACUUUGGAAUGUACAGAGGGGCAGCAGUAAACUUGACUUUGGUUACCCCUGAGAAGGCCAUCAAGCUGGCAGCUAAUGACCUCUUCCGCCAUCACCUUUCCAAGGACGGAAAAGGCUUAACGGUAUUCAAAGAAAUGCUAGCAGGGUGUGGUGCAGGCAUGUGCCAAGUUAUUGUUACUACCCCUAUGGAAAUGCUCAAAAUCCAGCUACAGGAUGCGGGCAGAAUUGCGGCCCAACAACAGAAACCAGUGAUGAUGUCUCCCACAAAGCUGGUGGUGACAAACACGGUGCUGAGCCGCUCGUACAACUCCGGCCCUGUGAUGUCUGCACCAAGAGCCGUGUCAGCAACACAGAUUGCGAAGGAACUCCUGCAAAAACAGGGCAUCCAGGGCCUGUAUAAGGGUCUGGGGGCAACACUGAUGAGGGAUGUACCUUUUUCUAUUGUCUACUUCCCAUUGUUUGCCAAUCUGAACCGACUGGGCAAACCCAGCCCUGCAGAGUCAUCGCCCUUCUACUGGGCCUUCUUGUCAGGGUGUGUUGCAGGAUCUACUGCUGCAGUUAUAGUCAACCCUUGUGAUGUGGUGAAGACCAGACUGCAGUCCCUGAACAAAGGCUCUAGUGAGGAGAGCUACAAUGGAGUUAUGGAUUGUGUGAGUAAAAUUAUGAGGAAGGAGGGGCCAUCCGCCUUCCUGAAGGGGGCAGUCUGCCGUGCUCUGGUCAUUGCACCUCUGUUUGGAAUUGCACAGGUCAUGUAUUUUGUUGGUGUUGGUGAAUAUAUCCUGGACAACUAUUCUCCAAGUUUCCUGUCUGUCUGAGCUGCAUCAGCAGGCUAUCUACACACUGGGCCUGGCAUAACUACUGGCAGCUACAAUCAGUUUACAGCAAAAAAAAAAAAAAAAAUGCUUCUGACUCAGAAGUUUAUUUUUUUAAAUUAUCUUUAUAGUUUGACAGGUGUGUCGCACUUUGCACACUUUUGUGACUUUGAAACCAACUGAGCCCAUUGUUUGCACUUGAAUCUGUUGACGUUUUUAAGAUGGUGGACUCAGAAUUACUGUGUUCAUGUGUCCUAGUCCCAAAACAUUCACAUCCGGAUUCCCUCUAUGAGGGAGAGGAACUCACUCAGACCUAGUUUUGUGUUUAGUUUUUAAUUUUUUUUUUUUUAGAACGCUAUUAUUAUUUACAGGUUAUCUUUUCAUUAUUUUAUGUACAUUUUUACCCACAGUUUCCGUUUGUCUCAUCAUAUUCCACUUAGAAAUAAUAUCUGUGAUUGCUAAAUAUAUAGGGCCCAGUUUACGCUUUAAUUCUGUAAAUGUGUUUUGUAUUCUGCUAUUUUAAUAUUUAGUUUUAUUGGAUUGAUCUUGAGCCAUCCUACUGGUAUGGGACCAUGAAGGUUACCAAACCUUAAAAAGCGUCCUCAUACAAUAUCCUGUUAUUGUUUGCAUGUCCUUUACAAAACUUGAUAUUAUUAUACAUAUUGAGUUUGUGUUCAUAAUUGCCCUUCAGACCUUUACAUUUACAGACCUAUAUUAUUCUAAAUAUGACUGGAUUAUGUUAUAAUAGAGCAGAAUUUUAUUAAUUGGGUUCUUGGAGGCAGCAUUAUUGACUUGAAUUGAACAUUGAUACUGUGAGAGAUGACUGUUACAUACUGUCACCAUGAUAACUUUUUUUACACAAUAUAUUCAUUAAAAUGUUCUUUUCAUUCACUUUGGUUGCAUGGUGUACUGUUAUUUUUUGUAAAUGUAAAUACUUUUCUUUGGUGUAAAAGUGUCCUUACAACACCCUUGGUGUGUUGUUUUUUUCUUGAAUAAAAAAUAAAUAAAUAUUUUCACCUUUUGUGUA